AUGGAUGUGUCCAUGGAGGCCGGCCCAUCGCGCUCUGACGCAAAAACUGAUUCUCCACCUAUUGAUGUGUCUCCAGAAAAAGUAAGAUUUCUCUUUGGUUCUUGUGUUUAGGGAUAAAUCGAUGUUCGGUGUUGUGUGAGACAUCCUAGCGGACGUUAUGAAGAAGAAAUCUGGAGAUUUGACAAAAGCAAAAGGGCACUUGUCAAUAGAUUAUUGCAUAAUUUGGUAGGAACUGAUGGAGAAACGCAAGAAAGGGGUGGAGAGGGAGCGUGAAAAGCUGGAUCAGAGGAAGCAAAUGAAGAUAAGAUGCAGAGACAUCGUUUUGAAUACAAUGGAUGAGUCCAUGGAGGCCGGCCCAUCGCGCUCUGACACAAAAACUGAUUCUUUACCUAUUGAUGUGUCUCCAGAAAAAGUAAGAUUUCUCUUUGGUCCUUGUGUUUAGGGAUAAAUCGAUGUUCGGUGUUGUGUGAGACAUCCUAGCGGACGUUAUGAAGAAGAAAUCUGGAAAUUUGACAAUAGCAAAAGGGCACUUGUUAAUAGAUUUUUGCAUCAUUUUGCAGGAACUGAUGGAGAAACGCGAAGAGAAGGCGUGA